AUGAUUCCAUCCAUUCCUCGCCUCGAAGACUACGAUGUCUCUGAGCAUUAUGGCUUCCUUCCCUCAGAGUACCCACUCGAAGUGCUUCCCGACACAUACUAUAGACCAUGGGAGGCCAUUGUCAGAAACCUCCAAGGUUUGAUUCUGGGCAAGAGACUGCGAGGCGUUGUCGACAGCCUUCCUGUCUUGUCCACUGAAUAUCUUCGCUCAGAUGCCGAAUGGCGCCGCGCAUAUAUGAUGCUCGGAUUCAUCUCACACGCUUACAUCUGGAAUGGAGACCGACCGAAGGAGCGAGUCCCUCCCAGCAUUUCAAUUCCCUUUACAGCUGCUUGUAAGCAUCUGGAAUUACCCACUGUCGCCACAUACGCCGGAGUCGUGCUAUGGAACUACCGACCACUAUUCGACGAUGAGGGUAUUGAUUCUCUUGACAACUUGUCUACUCUCAUGACUUUCACUGGCUCGCUGGACGAGUCGUGGUUCUACCUCGUUUCAGUGGCCAUUGAAGCUCGCGGUGCUCCCAUAAUUCCCCUCAUGCUGCACGCUGUCGAAGCUGCUCGUCGAGGCGACAAAUUGAGAGUCACUGAAUGCUUGCGCUCAUUCGCCGAGCGCUUGGACGAACUCUCUUCUAUGCUAGUACGCAUGUACGAGAACUGCGACCCACAUGUCUUCUACCACCGCAUCCGACCUUUCCUAGCCGGCAGCAAGAACAUGCACGAGGCUGGCUUGCCAAACGGCGUCAUUUUUGAUACAGACAGCAAAGACGACACCUUUGUUCAGUACAGCGGCGGCAGCAAUGCCCAGUCCUCAAUCAUUCAAUUCUUCGACCUGGUCCUCGGCGUCGAGCACCGUCCUACCGGCAGCAAGCCUCAAGACAUGCCAGCAGCGACUGUCCAGCAAGGACCCUCGGCAAACUUCAUCCAUGACAUGCGCACAUAUAUGCCUGGUCCCCACGCCCGCUUCCUCGAGCACGUAGGCACAGUCUCCAACAUCCGCUCUUUUGUCACCACAAACCGUCAUGAUCGUGCUCUCGCCGGCGCCUUUGACGCCUGUCUAGCCAUGCUGAGAAACUUCCGCGACAAGCACAUUCAAAUGGUAUCUCGCUACAUCAUUGUCCCCUCUCGCGAAUCCCGCAACAGCAAUGCGCGUUCUCUCUCACCCACAAAGAGAAAAGACUCGGCCUCGCCACAGCAACUCAACAUUGCAGCUGCCAGCUCCGACAGCAAAGACAAGAAAAAUCUCAGGGGUACGGGCGGCACGGCUCUGAUUCCGUUCUUGAAGCAGUGUAGAGAUGAGACUGGCGAGCCUGCUAUCGAUGCUUGGGCUAGACGGUUGUUGAACAAUGGACCUGGCGCUGCUGAACUCGGUGGCGCUAGGAUGGGAAAGCUGGGCGAACAUGCUUCUGGCGAGACUGCGGUGGUUGGUCUUGCUGGUGUGUGGAGUGUUGAUGAUUCCGAUGGAGGUAUUUGCCAUUGGUAA